AUGAUAGAACCUUCCUGGAAAGAGUUCCAACAGAAAGUUGCAGCCGAGGUUGGUGAAAUUUUAGAAGAUUUUGACGACGAAAAUAUCCGGAUUAAGCCAAAGACUUUCGACGAUUAUAUAAACUCUCAAGAGGCUUUCGGUUUCUUUGUGCAAAACCUUGAGAAAGGGGAAAAUAAUCUGAGACAUUUCGAGUUUGUUAUUCUUGCGCAAAGAGAUUACUCUUACUUUAACACGAUUAAGAAAAUCGCCAAACUAUUUGAUAUAAUUGCUGACAAAAUCAUUGAUUUACAGGAAGUAAAUCUUCCUGCUGAGUCUGGCAUUAAGAGUGACGACUGUAAAGCCAUCAACGAAACUUUUGAUCGUUUAAAGGCCAUAAAAAAAUCGAGUGUCGACUUCUCUCAAGCGAAUGAAAUGGAGCGUUUGCUUUAUAUUGAAGCCGUUGUGCGUGGAGUCGUGAAUACUUUUUCGCAAGUUAUUUUGCAUCUACAGUUCUACGUUCCUGGUCCCGAGGGGAAAGGACGAGUGGACCUUGCAAUAUCUUACAUUAACGAUUUACUUUAUAUCACUGAAGCCAAACGUUUUCAGGUUGAAGAGGGUUUGUCGAAAAAUUUUGUGCAGUUACAGAGUGCUUGCGAUGCAUGGUAUUUUACUGUCGUGACAUCAAAUAAUGAACUGGCCACAACAUAUAAAGCAAUACCUUUGUCUGUGAACAUGGAAGGUGGCAAUAAUGAAGAUAAUGUUCUGAAAGAACAACUGCGACACCUUUUUGCUGUAAUUAAAGGUCUUGUGCAAGAGAAACUGGAUAGUCUGGAAGAUAAUUCUGAGCAGAGAAAUGCUAGAAUUGAGAGACUUUUCAAACAUAAAAAGCGUAGAACAGAUUAG